UUCUAGAGACUAAACGUAUGCGCUUUGAACCGAUAGGGUUCAUGGAGUUCGGAGAUGGCGUUCCGGCUACUCUUCCCGGGCAUGAGAAUAUCGAUGAUGGCGGAGACAUUACGAUGUCCGAGAUUGAGGAAGGGGAGUUGGUCGAUAUGAUUUCUAAGACUGAUUUGGGAGACAAUAAUGUCGUGAUUCCCGAGACAGGAUCGCUCGAAACUAAGGUUAGGAGUGAGACCUUGGAUAAAAACGAGUCUGGUAGUAAGAUGCAGAGGCGUAGGAAGAACAAGAAGAAGAAGAAGAAGAACAAUAAAAACAAAGGAAAUAAUGGCACUUCGAGUCCAAAUAUUACGGAUGUCAACAGAUUUGUUAUUAACGUGUGUAAACGCUUGAGAGAGAAAAAAUCUUAUUUGGUAUGGACUGCUGUGGCUUGCCUUGGUGUAUCAGCUCUCAGUGAUCUUGUCAAGGAGAUGUUAACUGAUGAAGUGGUUUCUCUCGUUUCGGUUCCAUGGACUUUUCUUCCAAGAUAGUUUUUGGCUUUACACUUUAUGAAGUCCAAUUGGUAGAUGCAAUCCAAGCCUCUGGCGGGCAGAAGACAUCUAAUGGCAAGCGCUUUAGAGAAGGUGGUGGGAUCUUAUGGAACAUUAUCAAACUGCGUGAACCAAAUGCUUACAAAGAGAUAAUGAAACAGGGGAAGGAGUUUGAGAAGCAGCUGAGGCAAGUUUCUAAGAGCAAGCCGGGAACAAAAGAAGCGACUUCCCAUAGAUCCUCUGGUGCGACGACCAACCAAACUCUACCCGAUCUUUUUGUGAGUAGAGUGCCGCCUGUGAGAUUUGCUCCCCCUGAAGAUGUACGGAUGCCUGUGAGAUACGAUGAUCUGUAUGGAGAAGAGCACGUACGGUAGAGUGCUAUUUGCGAUUAAAGUACGGACUUGUAGAUUCCAAU